AUUUACCUGCCUUGUAGUUUUAUAGCUUUGUUUAUGAAUGUGACGUGUAGCCUCCUAAUUGCAGCCAGUGACUUUGCCCUCCCGGUCUGGGCUUUGGUCCCAGCCCUCGGAGGAGCCGGCUGGAGUUGGGGAAACCGUAUCAUGGGUGUUCUCAGCUGCCCGCUGGCCGCCUUGUUCCUGGUUCUCAUGCUGCCCCUGCUGGAGGGUGCUGAGGAGUUCCAGUCAACCUGUGGGCAGCCAGUGGCCUCCAGCCGUAUCGUAGGAGGGCAGAAUGCCCAGAACGGGGCUUGGCCCUGGCAGGCCAGCAUCCGAUACCAAGGAUUCCACAUCUGCGGAGGGUCCCUCAUCACAGGGGAAUGGGUGGUGUCUGCGGCUCAUUGCUUCAAUCGGAGUCUGCCUGUCACUGAUUACUCUGUUUCCCUUGGGGAAUACCAGCUGAAUAUCCCGAGCGCAAACGCCUUCACCUCUGCCGUGUCACAGGUCAUAAUCCACAGCGACUACAACCCCAGCAGCUAUGCCUCAGACAUAGCCCUGGUGCACCUAAGCAGGCCCCUUCUCUACACCACCUACAUCCUCCCUGUCUGCCUUCCUGACCGCAGUGAUUCCAUCGCGAAUGGCACCCUGUGCUGGGUCACCGGCUGGGGGAAAGUCCAGAUGGAUGAAAGUCUCCCUGCUCCCCACACUCUGCAGGAGGUUCAGGUCCCACUCAUAGAUGCCCAGACGUGCAAUGACCUCUAUAGCAUAUCCAUCACAGGGUCCCCGGGGUCACGCCCCAUCAAAGACGACAUGGUGUGUGCUGGCUACACCAGAGGAGGGCAGGAUUCCUGCCAGGGGGAUUCUGGGGGACCCCUCGUUUGUUCCCAGGCUGGCUCCUGGUUCCUGAUUGGCAUCGUGAGCUGGGGAGAAGGCUGUGGCCUCCCCUACCGUCCCGGGGUCUAUACCCGGGUCUCCGCCUACUCCGACUGGAUCCAGCAGCAGCUCCCCAGUGUGGAAUUUGGGGUGGUGAAUGUCACCAUUAGCAGUCAGUCCAAUGCCGGCUACACUCCAGCACCCACCCCGCUGCUUCUCGGCCCCCUCCUGCUGGCCAGCGCUGUCCCGGGGAUGGUGCCAGCACUUUCUAAGAUCCCUCGGAGGAGCCGGCUGGAGUUGCGGGAGCCGGUAUCAUGGGUGUUCUCAGCUGCCUGCUGGCCGCCCUGUUCCUGCUGCUGCUGCCCCUUCUGGAGGGUGCUGAGGAAUUCCAGUCAAGCCAGGACUCCUGGGUUCUCUCCGCGGCUCUGGGAGGGGAGUGGGGUCUGGUGGGUUAGAGCAGUGGGGAUGGGAGCCAGGACUUCUGGGUUCUAUUCACACCCCUCCCCACCUUUCUCCCCAGCCUGCGGGCACUCUGUGGCCUCCAGCCGUAUCGUAGGAGGGCAGAAUGCCCAGAACGGGGCUUGGCCCUGGCAGGCCAGCAUCCGAUACAAUGGAGUCCACAUCUGCGGAGGGUCCCUCAUCACAGGGGAAUGGGUGGUGUCUGCGGCUCAUUGCUUCAAUCGGCUUCUGCUCACCUUCCCUGUGGAGACGCGGAAGGAAUCCAGCUUCCUCCAGGUCAUAAUCCACAGCGACUACGACCCCAGCAGCUAUGCCUCAGACAUAGCCCUGGUGCACCUAAGCAGGCCCCUUCUCUACACCACCUACAUCCUCCCCGUCUGCCUUCCUGACCGCAGUGAUUCCAUCGCGAAUGGCACCCUGUGCUGGGUCACCGGCUGGGGGAAUAUCCAGACAAGUGAAAGUCUCCCUGCUCCCCGCACUCUGCAGGAGGUUCAGGUCUCACUCAUGGAUGCUCAGACGUGCAAUGACCUCUAUAGCAUAUCCAUCACAGGGUCCCCGGGGUCGCGCCCCAUCAAAGACGACAUGGUGUGUGCUGGCUACACCGAAGGAGGGAAGGACUCCUGCCAGGCUGGCUCCUGGUUCCUGAUCGGCAUCGUGAGCUGGGGAGAAGGCUGUGGGCUCCCCUACCGUCCCGGGGUCUAUACCCGGGUCUCCGCCUACUCCGACUGGAUCCAGCAGCAGCUCCCCAGUGUGGAAUCCGGGGUGAACGAGCUCAACCUACCCAAACACCACGCGGUGAUUUUGCCGACGAUGACCGUGAUAAGAGGCAGGCAAUGCAAGGACUGGCUGGGCCACAUUCCCCGCCCAGGCAGACAGCUGACACAGGGCAGUGGGGUCACUGGGGCAGCUCACCGACCUCCUAGUCCCCUGCAGAAGCCAAGCUGCUGGGCAAUGGGAGCCCCCUGCACCCCAAUAACCAUCCUUCUCCUGCUGCCCAUGCUGCAGGCUGCACGGGACAAUGGAAUCCAGACAGUGUGUGGCCAGGGGGGGCCCCAGGACCGGAUCGUGGCGGGAGAGGACGCCCCGCGGGGGGCCUGGCCCUGGCAGGUCAGUCUGCAGUAUGAGAACCGCCAUGUCUGCGGGGCGACCCUCAUCAACUCGGAGUGGGUGCUCAGCGCUGCACACUGCUUUCCCAAGCAUGCGGAGCUGUCUCGGUACCGAGCUGUCCUGGGCUCCCACCAGCUGUCGAUCCCAGAGCCCGGCUCCCUACGGCUGCCCCUGUCCCGCGCCGUGGGCCACACACUCUACUCUGGGGAGGGCUCCAGCGGAGACAUCGCCCUGGCCCAGCUGGGCCGCCCCGUCACCUUCACCUCGCAGGUGCUGCCCGCCUGCCUCCCGGAUGCCGGGGUCCACUUCCCCGCCGGGACCCUCUGUUGGGUUACUGGCUGGGGGUCGCCACAAGAGGGAGCCCUGCUCCCAGCCCCCAUGACGCUGCAGCAGCUGCAGGUGCCCCUGAUCGACCCACUGCCCUGUGAUGCCCUUUAUCAGCGCCGGAGCGCCACGAGGGAGAUCCAGGACGACAUGGUGUGCGCCGGCUACGCCGAGGGACAGAGAGACGCCUGCCAGGGCGAUUCGGGGGGCCCCCUAGUCUGCCAGAAGGCUGGGCUGUGGUUCGUGGCCGGCGUCGUCAGCUGGGGCGAGGGCUGCGCCCUCCCCAACCGCCCUGGGGUCUACAUACGGGUCGGCGCCUACCUGGACUGGAUCGGGCGGCACGUGCCCAACGCCACCUUCGGGGUUGUCAAUAUCACCACUUACAGCCUGCCGGGGGGCGGGCCCCCCAGCCCUGCCCCUGCUGCCCUGCUCCUAGCCACCUGGCUGCUCAACAUUCUCUGAAGCCCCGCCCCCUGGCAGCUAAAGCCACGCCCACCAGUAUAGGCCAGGCCCUAAGGGGAGAGUGCCAUGGAACAGCUGUCCAGUGACUCCGCCCCCUUCCAGCCACACCCACCCAGCUACGACAGGGCCACGGAAUCACUCCCACUCCCCCGUGGACUCUCCUUCAUGGCCAAUGGAUGGGUCCUGCCUACCCCAUGUCAAAUGACCCCGCCCCCUUCCGGCCACGCCCACCCAGGCACAAGCCCUGCCCCUGCAGGGGAAAAUGACCGUGGCUUCCCCGCAACAUGGUGGGUCACAGCCACCACACUUCAGCCUGCCGGAACUAUUCUCCUCCAUGGGACGAAGCAUGGGUCUGAGCCAGGGCAACGGGGAGGAGACGGGAUACCGGGCUAGAUGGGCCCAUGGGUCUGAUCCAGCCGGGUCCCUUGUGCACACUGUUUUAAUUUAAACUCGAAAGACUGGAAUAAUAAUAA